AUGGCGAGCUCGGCGCUUAGGCGGUCUCUCCCGCGGCGUACCACGCUCCGCCACUCCAUUCCCCCCCACUUGCCGCCCACAGCUGCCGGCGCCUUUCGUCGUUCGUUCCAGUCUGGGGAUGGCGAGACCUUGGAGGAAUUCGAUGAACGGCUGUUUGGGAGCAAGGACACAGAGGAAGGGUCUCUCUAUGAGAAGCUUGACAGGGCUGAGAACGCCAGUAGGAGAUACGGCAUGGGCUCUGGGAUGGGUGGUUUCGCUGGGUUUGGUGAUAGGAGGAGCUCUGGGUCAUCCAUGGGUGGUUUCCCUGGGUUCAGUGACAGGAGCAGCUCUGGGUCAGCCAUGGGUGGUUUAGGUGUGUUUGGCGACAAGAGCAGCUCUGGGUCCAUGGGUUUCUUUGAUUCUUCGAAUGAUAGCAUAAGUGAGAUGCUGGAUAAUGCGGCACGCAACUUCCAAAUGGAUGACAACGACGAUGACGAUGAUGAGUGGGAAGAGGAUGAUUUUGAGUUCAGGCCUGAUGUGACGUAUAGGCGAGGAUCGACUUAUUCUGUUCGGGACCUUGACAUUAGAAGACCUGCAGCCGCAAAGAAUCCUCCUAGACCACAGUUUGAAACAACUACAGCGGAGGUUUUGAGGAAGGCUGAUUUUAGGAACGUUAGAUUCCUCUCCCACUUCCUUACAGAAGCUGGAAUUAUCAUCAAGAGAAGCCAGACCCGUAUAAGUGCAAAAGCUCAGCGUAAGAUUGCAAGAGAGAUCAAAACGGCGCGUGCAUUUGGGCUAAUGCCUUUUACAACAAUGGGUAGAAGACCAUUCAUCUUUGGCAGAAGUGCGGAGGAGCACUAUUCAGAAGAGGAAUAUUUCGGCUUUGGGAGGCAGAGGGAUGGUGAGCCUGCUGAGGAUAAUGGGGACGAGGAGCCAAAUGUGAAGGCUGCAUAA